CCUAGUAUAAGCUGCUUAAUUCGACUUCGAAUAUAAAUGAAGAUUCAAUUGUUUAUAGUUUGUUUCGAAAAUAAAUGAAGCAAACUUGUACUAAAACUUCAUUGCAUAAUAGGAAUACGUGUUGGUUUACUUAUAUGCAUUUUUUACUAUACAUAUAUUUUUUCGUUUAAGAAAAGUAGGUGUUCGGAAUAGAUAAGAAUAGAUUAUUUUUUUAGUUUAACUCAAUUAUAAUUCAUCUAUAUAGAUAUAGUAUAUAUGUAUAAUUAUGAAUAACUAAAAUUAUACCUUCGAUUAGGAUUAAUUAUAUGAUUAAAUUUGUUUUUCAAACUGACAUUUACAUUCAAAAUCGAAUUAAGUAGCUAUCCAUUCAUUGACCUAUAAUAAAGACUUGAGAAAAUAAUAUUUCAUCAAUCAAAUAUAUUCUUCAACAUAUUCUUUUUUUUACUACAGUUUUUCAUUGAAAGAAAAAUACUUUUUAUUUUGCAACAUGCUCUAUAUUAUCAAUUGUAACCAUUGACAAAAAAAAAGAGCUCAUUACUUCUUCAAAUAUAUCAUACAAAAUUAAUAAGUCCAUUUAUCUGUAUUACAAAUAUUUCAUUUCUCCUUUUCCAUUAUUAAAGAUUUAUUUUUAACAUUAUUUAUUUAUUGUAAGAGCUAAUUCUUGUUUUCUUUUGUUUAAUAUAGCUGAUAGUGUUCGUUCAUUAAAGCAUUAUGUUGAAUGGUACAUAACAACAGAGAUUUCAAAUUUAAUGAUAAAAAUGAAACUUAUACCACAUUCUCAUAUUACAUUUGAUAUUGAUUCAAAUGAUCCAUGCCAACUUACUGUUCAAAGCUUACCACAACAAAGUGUAAGUCCACUAACAAAAUCAAAAGAUAACCAUCAUUGUACUCAUAAACAAUCGGAUGAAGAAUUCAUUAUAGAUGUAGAUAAUGAUGACAAUCAAUUUAAUAUUAAAGAUCAUAAUCAAGAUUCAUGUUUAGUUUCAUCAAGUGAAGAAAAAUAUUUAUCCGAUCGUUGA